AUGCCUGCCCCCAUCAUCCAGAAUAUUUCGGAGCCCGUCGUGCCCGUGCGCGAGCUCGAGGUUGACGAGGAAUAUGUCAUGACCAACUUCGAACGUCACGCCAGCCACUGCUACCAAUGCGCAGACCCUCUGCAGGUUCACCAGGAGGACCGUUCGCUCUGUGACCGUGGACACCAGUACGCCCUGGACGUGGCCGACUACAUCUACAGCAAGAAUGGCAAGGCAUACUCCGUUGUGGGUCGCGAAACCAACCAGCCCACCAUGGUCAGGAUCCCCCGCAACUCCGUUGCCGUGCGUGGUCUCCUGCUUGCCAUUGAGGAUGGCCUGCGCCUGCACCGUCGGGAGCGGCAGCAGGUCCAGACCGCUGCCCCUGUCAUCAGCUACGACCGGACCUACCUUGUCCCACCUCGUCGUCGGGUUACACAGCCGGCACCCCAGCAGCCGGCAUACAAUGAGAUCAUCGAGAGGGAGCCACGCACCCCCAAGCGUCGUCGGGUCAUUGUCUACCCUUCCCCGCGCAGCUCGCCCAGCCGGGGUUCGUUGUACGAGGCUGAUGCGGCUGAUCGCGUCGAGCGUUUCAAGGAAUCCUCUCGCAUUUACCGACCGGCUGAAUACCACCGUUGA